GGAACUGUAUUGUUGCAUUUCAAAUGCAUAUUUGCUUUGUAUCUGGUUCAACAAAAUGGCAAGUGCCCAAGGGCCACAAUUGCAGAAGAUUCUAGAACGUCUUACCGGACAACACACUGUCCCAAAUGUCUUUAUUGGUGGAAAACACAUUGGUGGUUGUACAGGUAUUCAUGCAUUUUCACUCUCGCAUUAUAUAUGAUGCAAUUUUACUUUUAUGAACCUGAAAAUUGAAAUACAAGAAAUCUCUUAUAAUAAAAUACACAAAAGCAGAUGCCCCAUAUAUCCAAACAAACUGUAGAAAUGGUUCCUGAACAAACACAGUAUAUGCUUUGCUACAUUUUUCUUUGGCUUCUUUCAUUGUUUCUCAGUUUCUUCAGUAAAACAUUCUAUGACAAGAAACAGCUAGAAUUUUUAUAUCCUUAACUUUGACUCUUGACUGUAAAAUGACUCUCAUAAUGAACUUGGAUUUCUUUGAAAUCAGCAACCCUAUUGAUGUGAUGAACAGAUUCUACUUUUAGUCAUUCCUUCCUGUUGAUGCAGAUACUGUGAAACUGUACCGAAAAGGAGAACUUGAACCAUUGCUGUCAGAAGCCAACUCUAAGAAAAUGGAGAACUAACUCCUCUCUGGUGUUGCUAUCAAGGGGGUAUGUUCCAUCUGUGGACUUUGGAUCUUAUAAGAAGAUAAGCACUCAGAAACAUUGCUUCACAUGCAUUUACUUACUACCAAAUCUCAAAAGUUGUUUCCAUGCCCUUCAUUCAUUGUAUAUUCUAAUAAUGACAUUACUUGUUACAUCUCAUUUGAACCUUCUUCAGCCAUUCCUCAGACAUUAAAAUCCUUUAGACGGUGAGUGACAACUGAAGAAUUUGUCGAAGAGAAGGGUUGGAAAUAUUUUUGCUAUUACUUGCAAAUAUUCUUGAGACUCUGUUUUUUUUUCUUGUAUAAGGUUACCUAAUAAUGCAUUAAGAUCAUGCAAACAUCUUUAUUUAUUUACUAUUUCUUAGGAAAGUAACCUUUAAUCACCAUUGUUUGUCACUGCGUGCAUGUUCUUGUAAGGCAGGAACAGAAAUUCUACUGUGUCAAUCUGUGAUGUUGCUGCUGCAAUGAACAUCUCCCUACAGU